UCUUAAAUGCCAACUUGACAAAACACGUGUGUGUGGUAACAACCAAGAUCAGAACACACGGUUUAGAGCCUUGACCAGUCACAGUAUUACUUUUUGUAAUACUAUAUCGAGGAGAAAUAAAGCCAAGAAAGAUGGGAAAGAUAAAAACUAUCACCAUAGAUCAACCUCAACUAGCAUUUGAAAUGAUUAACAAGACGAAGAAGAAAAAGAAGAAACCAAGGGCCAGGAGUCAAACUGCCAAGACAUCUGCAGAAGAAAAGGGCAGCUCUCUGCAAACGACUGCUCCAGAUAGCAGUGGGAAUGACCCGUACGCCAUCGGUCAGAUUGCUGGUUUGCUGACCAGUCAAAAGGGUCAAUCGGACACAAAGCAUCUUAAAGAGAAGGAUGCAUUGUUUUCAAUGUUUGGUUCAGUUGGCUCAACUAGUGGCCCAACCUGCAGGACCAGACCAGCAUUUGUUCCUCUUACUGCUGCUGGGUUGCCAAAGACACAGAAAACACAAGGACAAGCAAAAGAUAAAGAGCCCCCAAAGCAAACAGGCAGUACAAAUCAGAAGCAGCAGCCAAAGCAGGAAGAACAGCAGCCACCUCCAAAGGCAGUAAAAAAACCAUCCCCACAAGAGAAGCCUGCAGAGAAGUCUAAAGACACCGGUAAAGAAGAUUCCACACCGAAACGACAUAAACCCAAUCCAGAAGAACUGAAGAAGACUGUCUUUGUUGGGAACCUUCCCAUUUCAUUUGACAAAAAGAAACUACAGAAGCUAUUCAGGAAGUUUGGAGAGAUUAAGACUAUGCGGUUUCGUUCAGUGGCUCCAUCCGACCCAGAUCUUCCUAAGAGAGUUAUUGCUCAUACGAAGCAGUUUCAUGCAGAUCGUAAAUCUGUGAAUAGUUACAUCUUAUUCACUACUGAAGAAGCCGCACAGAAAGCACUCAAAAGGAAUGGGAAACUGGUUGAGAAUCACACUAUUCGAGUAGAUCUAGCCGGUAACAGCAGAGAGCAUGAUACCAAACACUCAAUAUUCCUUGGCAAUCUGCCGUUCGAUGUCAAAGAUGACGUAGUAAGAGAACAUUUUGAAGAAUGUGGCACCGUUGAGAAUGUUCGCAUCAUACGAGACGCUAAGACUGGGUUGGGGAAAGGAUUUGGAUAUGUUCUCUUUACUGACGAUGUGUCUGUUGAGUUUGCAAUCAAGCUAGAUGGCAGUAGAAUGGCCGGACGUGACAUACGAGUACAGAGAGCAACCAAACAGAAACAGAGAGCUGUGAAUGCAGUGAAAAGAUUGCAGAAGAAAUCUGAUGUGAAAGGCAAGCCAGAUGUUGGAAGGAGGAGCCAUGGUAAACCAGUUGGGGUCAAACCAGGUCAGGUCAAGCCGGGUCGGGGCCAACCAGGACGAGGCCAGCCAGGACGGGGCAAGCCAGGUCGGGCCAAGCCAGCACAAGGGAAGUUGACCAAGCCUAAAUCAGGACAACCAAGAUCCAGUAAAGGUGGCAGAGGAUCCAUGAAGAAAGGAAAGGCAUCCGGUGGUAUCAAGAAAUUUGCAAAAAGCAAGAGAAAAUGAGAGGGGAACUAACUCUCGCAUGAUAUAACCCUUGAUCCCUCUGAGCACCAUUAGUGAAGAUGGCAUUCAAUCCACAGAAUGAUCCCCUGCGUCUGUUUCAUACGUAAUUAUUAACUCUCCACUCACAAGUUUGCAAGAUGCAAAAGAAAAUAACUUUGACUUGGUAUAACCCUUGACCCCUCUAGAUAUUUAUAAUGAGUGAAAGAUGGUGUUAGCAUUAAUCAACAGAAUGAUCCCAGUCUGUUUCACAUGUAAUUAUGUUAUGAACAGUACAAUGACAUUAAACAUUUAUUUUUUAAUAUUUCCUAUUCCCCCCCCCCCAAGUUAGUUGAAUACACUUUAACAUUAAAGAUUUGUGUUCUGUUUUCAAUAUGUUUUAAAUGAUUAAGUCCAAAUAUUGAAACUGUUAUUUAAAGGUUGAUAUGUUGUCCAGUCAGAAACUCAGCAUAUGGACAAAUGAAGAAAAAAAGCCUAAGAUGUUUUCAAAGUUUUCAAACAUGUUUUACUGUUUUACGAUUCUUAACAACUAUAGAAUUUCAAGCCGAAAUAGUUCGAGGGAAAUGUUUCCACCAUGAACACAGUGAACACUUUAAACCAUUUAAGUUAUGUGUAAAUCUGUGAAUAAUUAUAUUUUCACUCUUACCUUAUGAGAAUAAAAACCCAUAAACAGAACAUACUCUUUGAAAGAUUCAAUCAUUCAUUGGUUAAGUCCUGUCUUGGAUUACUAAAUAAAGACCACCUGUUCCCCACACCUAUGUUCUUUAUCAUUUGUACUCGGGAUAAAAAAGUUGAGGUUGCAAAGAUUUCCUGAGUCAAGGCAAGAUGGUUUAUUCGCAGACAAAGUGUACAUGUAUAACAAAUACUUGAUCCUGAAUAAUAAACACCCUGUACCUCGUGUCUGUACAGCUCCUUAUCAGCGAGUCAAAACAAUUACACAAAUCUCUUAUUCUUAUUAAUUAAGCUAAAUUAAAAUGCACACAGUUUGGAUUUCAUUUGUAUCUCUGAAAUUGUAAUCAUUACUAAUUUCUAAAAAACUAUUUCUACUUUUUUCACAGGUUUCAAAUCGUUCCCACAAAUAUAUAUAUCCAAAUUGGUUAAUCCAUUUGUAAAAAAAAAAUCAAUUAUUUGAAGCAAAUUUAAUUGAGAAACAAUGAUACAAUUAUUCCUUUUUUGAAAUUUGUUCCAUGGCAUUUUUAUGACCAAAUUCCUAGAAUAUUUGCUAAACCUUUGGUACAAAAUAGUGCACCAAGCUCUUAACAACUUUCUUAUAACACUUCCUUUGUGAAUGGAUUGAUAAUGGUCAGUUAUUUUAAUAUUUAUCCCUCCUACUGUGUGACCAUUCAAUAUCAACCACUAUGAUUUUUGAGCAUGCCGGCCUGCAAUAUCAUAUCAUGUGGAGACUAUCUACACAGUACACAGUCAACCCUCCUACUAUGUGACCAUUCAGUAUCAUUCACUCUGGUUUUGAAUGAUAAACUAUGUAAGUCUGCAAUGUAUGUUAUCAAGUGGUGAAUGUAUCUACAUGUACAUGAUACACAGUCAACCCUCCUACUAUGUGACCAUUCAAUAUCAUCCACUUUGGUUUGAAUGACAUAAACUGAAUGUUGUGCCACCAUAUACACCACAUGCAGUUGAAUGAUAGCAAAUGGUCGGUCAAAUCACUGGAAAAUGGUAACAAUGGAAGGACAUAUUUUUUUCAGUAAAUCUUUGUAGGACCAUUUUAAAAUAAAAGCCAACUAUUAUUUAAGCUUCACUUAUAUUAUUUACAGUCCAGCAAAUACAAGCAAGUCACAUUGUACAUCACAGCUGAAUAAAAAUGCACACGAGCUGAAUAUUCAAACGAUAAAUUCAUCAUUUUUGGUAUAAAUAUGUCUUCUCUUUAAACUCAUUUCUUUACGGAGCCCUUAAACAUGUUGUCAUAUCAAACAAAACUUAUUAAAAAUGUUUGACUAUAUGCUAUAAGAGCUGCAACCAUUACUUCACGUCAACUACACUACAUUACAUGCAGAUCUGUUCAAAUAAAACAACCAGAAUUUAUUUGGCAGUUGUUUAAAAUCUUUGUACAUGUAUCAACGGUAAUAAUGCAUGUAAUAAUUCCCGUCAAACUACCUUGUCAUAUUCUUAAAUAAAAAUGAUAUGUACAAUUUGGUGAAGUAUUUCAUAUGUUUAUUUUUACUACCUGUAAAUACUUUGAUAAAAACUCUGCACUAUCUCUUCUUCAGACUUUAAGUUUUUACUUCGACCUGGUUUUGCCGAAAAAAGUUUCUUAAAAAAAAAAAA